AUGAAGAAGAAACACUGGGCAAUUGGGAUUGUGACAGCACUACUCCUUAUCCUUAUUCUUUUCCUUGGACUUUUCUUUGGGCUACACUCUAAAUCAUCACUCAGGCAUGAAGCACAUGUCUACAAGAGGGCGGCCGUGGCCACAGAUGCGGGACCAUGCUCCAUCAUUGGGAGGGAUAUCCUCCAAAAGGGAGGGUCCGCCGUGGAUGCUGCAAUUGCUGCUCUUCUCUGCGUGGGCCUGAUGAACCCCCACAGCAUGGGAAUUGGAGGAGGCCUCUUCUUCACCAUCUACACAGCUGACGGGAAAGUGGAAGUCAUUAACGCCAGGGAGGUGGCCCCAAAGAACUCUUCCAAGGACAUGUUUGGCAACAGCACAGACCUUUCCCUAAAAGGAGGAUUGUCCAUUGCAGUUCCAGGAGAAAUCCGUGGCUAUGAAAUGGCACAUCAACGUCAUGGCAAGCUACCCUGGAAAGAGCUGUUUUUGCCCAGCAUCAAGCUGGCAAGAGAAGGGUUCCCUGUCGGGAAAGGUGUGGGAGCAUCCCUCAAGUCAAAAAACCAAUCCAUUGAAAGCAACCCAUCCUUGUGCGAGGUCUUCUGUAAAGAAGGGAAAGUCCUCAGCGAGGGGGAAAUUCUCAAGUUGCCCAAACUAGCAGACACCUACGAGAUCUUGGCCAACGAGGGACCAAAUGCCUUUUAUAAUGGGAACUUAGGUCAGCAAAUUGUCAGAGACAUCCAGAAUGCAGGGGGCAUCAUUACAAUGGAAGACCUGAGGGACUACAGGCCAAUUCUAGAGGAAAAUCCUUUAAACAUCUCCCUUGGCGAUUUCACCAUGUAUGCUCCUAGUGCCCCAUUGAGUGGCCCUGUGCUGGCACUCAUCUUUGGCAUCCUGGAAGGAUUUAAUUUCUCCAGCAAGAGCCUCGAGACUUUGGAGGAGAAGGGCCUCACCUACCAUCGCAUUGUGGAGGCUUUCCGCUUUGCCUUCGCGAAGAGGACAUUACUGGGGGACCCAAGAUUUGUCAACGUCUCUGAGGUGAUCCGAAACAUGACUUCAGAAUCCUUUGCAGAGGGUCUGUGGGCCAAAAUCACCAACGUCACGCAUGAAGUGAGCUACUAUGAGCCAGAAUACUACACUCCAGAUGAUGCUGGUACAUCCCACGUCUCCAUUGUGGCUGACGAUGGCAGUGCUGUGUCCGCCACCAGCACCAUCAACCAACACUUUGGCUCCGAAGUUCGUUCCACUGUGAGCGGAAUUAUAUUCAACGAUGAGAUGGAUGACUUCAGCUCUCCUCAUAUCAUCAAUGGCUUUGAUGUUUCCCCUUCCAAAGCAAACUUCAUUGCCCCAGGUAAACAGCCUUUCUCUUCCAUGUGCCCAUCUAUCUUGGUGGAUAAGAACAAUAGGGUUAGGAUGGUGGUUGGUGCUUCUGGAGGGACGAAAAUCACCACAGCUAUAGCACUGACAAUAAUCAAUUCCCUUUGGUUCGGCUAUGAUGUUAAGACGGCUGUGGAAACGCCCCGAGUCCAUAACCAGCUGUUUCCCAAUGAUACCGUACUGGAGAUGAAAGUGGAAGAGGGAAUAGAAGAUGAACUACGGAAAAGGAGGCAUAAGAUUACUCGAAACAGCUCAAGGGCUGUUGUGCAAGCCAUUCUCCGGACAGAUGAUGGCUGGGCUGCUGCUUCAGAUUCCCGGAAGGGAGGCUUCCCAGCAGGCUACUAAACUGGUUUCAAGUUGUUCACAUGGAUUGGGACUUAAUUGCAGAUCUGAAUGCCAGUUUUUGGAGAUCACCAGUGCAAAGUCACUUACACUUCAGUGGGCGUGACUUGCAUGUUAUUAAGCAAGAUCUGUGUUUCUGAUGCUCCAGAACUUCACCGUUUCAGAUAAACUUGGAAAUGACUACUCUAACCACUGAUCUCUUCUGUUCCAUAAAAUACCAAGAGCACAGGAGAAAAUUCCAAGCCCUGGCGAACUUGUUUAUGAGGGGAAACAUCUAAAUUGGGUGAAUGUUUGCACAAGGAAGUUGCUUGAGAUUCGCUCAAACCUAGGAGG